UGUACCGGAGCCGUCCACUUAUCCCAGUACAGAUUUUUCCAGCCGAUCUUGACCGCCGCCGGGUCAGCUACUUGUUUCCCUUUAAGAUUAUGUCGGACAUAAUCCCGCUUUAUCUUAUUAUUUUGUGUAAUGUCAGUAGAUAAGACGUGGACUUAGUAAUUACACUGAAAAGCAGCAAAGGCUGGAGAGACGUGUAGCAUCUCCAGGGGGCAUCGCGUAUGCGAAAGUGGCGGAGGCGUUAUCUGGUUCGGGUCAAACAGCUGUCUGGUAUCCAGCAUGGUCGUCAUCGGCUGCGGUCUCCGUCACACAAAUGUCUUUUUGUAUAACAGACAAAGCAGCAUGAGUUCGAGGCGCAAAGGCGAAACGGUGACUGCGUAAAAACCACGAUCUCACCCUGCGAUGUGUGGGGCUUUAAAAGGAGACAACUACCAGCGGGAUCUCAUUACACGGUUAACGACAUUUUAAAGGGGGCUCUCUUAUGCCCACCCCCCCCCACCACCUUUCUGUGGGGACCAUCAACCUCCACCUUCAUUCCUCCAAUAAUGACAUCCUCAGGCUCCCCCCCACUUGUCUUACCUUCCCCGGUGCCCUCCUCCCCAGCUCCAUCUUCCUCCUCCCUCCCUGCCCCACACUCAUUGCCUCCCACAGGGGAGAUGAUGGUGCUGGCUCUUGGCAGGAAUAAGCAGAGGGUGCUGAUUGUUCUUUCCAUCCUGCCCAACCUCUUCCUGGCCUUCCUGCUCUCUUCUGAUCCCUUCAUUACCCUCAUCCCACCCCACCACUGCCACCUGCCAAGGACCCUGCCAUCACCAGAUGUACUUAAUUACUCUCUCCCCUGGGAGAAGGGGGCAAGGCCUGGGGAUAGUGGGGGCCUGUCGCAGUGUAAGCAGUAUGUCAAUGGCAGCCAGUCAGCCGUGGUGGACUGCGAGCAAGGCUGGGAUUACAACAUCACAGAAGGACUAAGGAACAACAUCGUAACUGAGUGGGAUCUGGUGUGUGGUCAGUAUUGGAUGGUCCCAGUGGAAGAGGUGUGUUUCAUCUUGGGCAUCCUGACUGGCUGCUUGGGCCUGGGCUAUGCUGGGUAA